AUGGGUAAAAAAAGUACAGAAGAAGUACUUAAAUAUUUACAUUCGUUAGGUUAUAAAGGUAUAGAAGAUGCAAUAGAUAAUGCUGCAAAAGAAGGUCAACUUGAAAUAUUAAAAUAUUUACAUUCGUUAGGUUAUAGAGGAACAGAAUGGACAAUUCAUUGUGUUGCAGAAAAAGGAAACCUUGAAAUAUUAAAAUACUUGCAUGAAUUUGGGUAUAAAGGUACAGAAUAUACAUUAUAUUCUGCUGUUGCAAUUGGAAAUCUUGAAAUUAUUAAAUAUUUACAUGAAUUAGGUUAUAAAGGAAAUGAAUAUGCAUUUAAUUGUGCAGUAAAUAACCAGAUUUCACAUGAAUUAGGGCAUAAAGGUACAGGUAGUAACCUUGAAAUAAUUAAAUAUUUGUAUGAAUUAGGGUAUAAAGGUUCAGAAUGGGCAUUUAAUUUAGCUGUGAGAAAUAAAUAUAUUAUUACUUUUGAUACACGUAGUGACUAUAAAUUCUAG